CGUAAUCAGCCACGCCCUCUUCUCUAUUUGGUCCAGAUAGACAUCUUUACAUUUCAGAUCGACAUAGCAAGGGUAUAGUCCUAUUCACUGUUUGGUCUCAGUCGACAGAGGUCUUAUAUUUAAUAUGGUGUGUGGCGGCUUCACCUGUUCCAAAAAUGCGCUCUGUUCCCUUAACGUUGUUUACAUGCUUGUCGGGCUGCUGUUGAUUGGAGUUGCAGCAUGGGGGAAGGGCUUCGGCUUGGUGUCAAGCAUCCACAUCAUAGGAGGUGUCAUAGCAGUGGGUGUCUUCCUGCUGCUUAUUGCCAUUGUAGGACUUAUUGGAGCAAUCCAUCACCAUCAAGUCAUGCUUUUCUUCUACAUGGUCAUUCUGUUCAUUGUUUUCCUGUUCCAAUUCGGGGUUUCAUGUUCCUGCCUGGCAAUGAACCAAGGGCAGCAGGAAGUGCUUUUGAACUCUGCCUGGGGGAUGUUGGAGAACAACACCAAGACAGACCUUGAGAGCCAGCUUAACUGUUGUGGACUGCUGAACAUCACCACCUCCCAGUUUGAUCAGGAUUUGCAAAACUGUCCUGCUCCAUGUAAAAAGAGAGGCAACUGUUCAACUUGUGGUGAAAAGAUGCUGAAUCAUGCCACUGAGGCCCUGAAGAUUCUUGGGGGAGUGGGACUCUUCUUCAGCUUCUCAGAGAUCCUUGGAGUGUGGCUCGCUGUGCGAUACAGAAACCAGAAGGAUCCACGUGCAAAUCCAAGUGCUUUCCUAUAGUCUGUCUCAGAAAGGGGCACAUUAGAAACUGUUUUACACUGGUACGGAGAGAAUAAAAUACAUCAUGAGGUAGACACUCAGGCAUAUAAAUUCAGAUACACAGCAGUCACAACAAAACAGAAUGGACAAGCACACUCAGCACCUUAACACACUGAGAAACAGAAAGACAUAUUUCACCAGAGACUGAGACAGUACAGUUUUAGACAUAUAUGCUAGAGCUCAAGCUGGAACACCUGGAUACUUGUGUAUGAAAGGAUGACUCAUAACGCUGAUCAGUGUGACUUGUUCAGCCUUGAUCUGAGUACCAGAUUUCUCAAUUUACGUCUACUACUUAAGCGAUUACAAGAAAUGUUUGCAUGAGUCCUGCACCCGCACACACCAACUGCCUCUUUGUUUAUUUCAUUCUAUACACCAACAAAUGACUGUCCAAAUAACUUGUAUGCAACUUAAAAUAUUCCUCUUAUGUCUAGUAUAAUGUCACCAUCUAUGAAAAUAUACUCAGUUCAAUGCUGUCAGUUAUAUGCACCUAAACAUUUCCAGUGUAAAGAGAGAAAAAAGGCACUGUGUAGAGAUUUUUCUUUUCCUUUUUCUCUAGACAUUACAUAAGGUAGGAGUUUCAAGAGGUGAAUUAAGGUAACAGAGUUGCUAGUCCUUCAGAUUAAAACAUUUGAAUAUUAACUGAGCCAACUCACUUUGAAUCAAUUACCUACAGAUGCCACUGACUGCAGCUUUGAUGUUGUACAUACAGCUUAACUACUGUAGCUUGUGAAAAUAUUUCCUAAUUGUUUUUGCCAAGUAGUUUCUCCAAAAUCCUCAAUUAUCCACUCUACCUGUGUUUACCACUUAUGUCUGUGUUGGACAGUAAUAUUAGUAUAGUAGAAAAGUGAAUUCAGGUACUUCUAGUACCUCCUGUUUAACUGGAAGAAAUCAUGAAAAAUAAAAUAAAAAAUUCUGUGUUUUGAAAACAUUGAGUGAAUUUGGAAUAUUGAAUCCCAAAUUCAAUUUUAACUAUUUGGGAAAUUUGCUUGUUUUUAAGUAAGUUAGAAAAGCGUGAAUAUUUUGUGUAUUUCUGUUGCCAUAAUUUUCCUUUCAUCAGUGUUAAAUGCCUUGUAAAAUAUGCUUGUUAAAUAUUUUCACCAUCUAUUUAAGUUUGACACACAUUAAUCAAAUGUUUUGAUUAUAUAAUUUUGGUCGAUAUUUCAUGUUGAUAUAUGAAUUUAUGAGUUUUAUCUUUUUGUUUUCUUUUAACGGUUAACUUAAAGGACUAACCUCAAAUAUAAUAACAUGUCUUAUUUGUGGGAAAAUGUUAAUGAAAUGUAAUGCAAAUGUAAUUUUUGAGACAAUUUUAAAAUAAUAAAA